AUGCAACCUCGAGGUGCCCCCCUCCUGGCAGUGGUCCUUGUCUUGGGGCUGCAUGCCCUGGUGGAGAGUGAGAAACCUUCCCCUUGUCGGUGCUCCAGGCUGACACCCGACAAUAGAAAGAACUGCGGCUUCCCUGGCAUCACGAGUGAGCAGUGCUUUGAUCUUGGAUGCUGCUUCGACUCUAGCAUCGGUGGGGUCCCCUGGUGUUUCCACCCACUUCCAAACCAAGCCUCGGAGCAGUGUGUCAUGGAGGUGUCGGCCCGCAGGGAUUGUGGGUACCCGGGCAUCAGCCCUGAGGACUGUGCCAGUCGACAAUGCUGCUUUUCUGACCAGAUCUUUGAAGUGCCCUGGUGUUUCUUCCCACAGUCUGUGGAAGAUUGUCACUACUGA